CUAAAAAACCAAAACAGUGCAGUGAUGUGGGUUCAAAGCGAUCGGUACAAAUAGCACCGAAAAGCGCCACAGAGCCCAGAAUCAGGGUUCGAGGUUGAGAUCGAGAAGCAGGUAGAUUCCAAGCUGCAGCUCGGCUGGAUUUCCGAGAUUUCAGCCGACGUUUGAUAUCCGGCCAAAGUUGCCCUCGAGUGAGUGAUUAGAGUGACUCAGCUGAGCGGCUGAUCAAUGCUGUAAUCGGCGCAGUGACACAGUCCUGGGGAGAGAGACUGUGAGGGAUAAUGGCAGAAGAGUCCUCUCUCUCCUCUCUGGAGUUCAGCUCCUCUCUGCCUCCUCCCCGCACUCGGAUCUUUAAGAUCAUCGUGAUCGGAGACUCCGGGGUGGGGAAGACCUGCCUGACUUACCGCUUCUGCGCCGGCAGGUUCCCGGAUAAGACAGAGGCCACGAUCGGGGUGGACUUUCGGGAGAAGGUGAUAGAAAUCGAUGGAGAAAAGAUUAAGGUCCAGUUGUGGGACACUGCAGGUCAGGAGCGCUUCCGGAAGAGCAUGGUGCAGCACUACUACCGGAAUGUUCACGCUGUCGUUUUCGUGUAUGACGUGACGAGCGCCGCCAGCUUCAGGAGCCUUCCGGCAUGGAUCGAGGAGUGUCGGCAGCACGCUCUGGGCCAGGAGGUGCCCCGCAUCCUGGUGGGCAACAAGUGUGACCUGCGGCACCUGGCCCAAGUGAGCACGGAGUUGGCGCAGCAGUUCGCAGAUGCACACUCCAUGCCACUGUUUGAGACGUCAGCCAAGAACCCGCAGGGGGGCAAGGAGGGUGGUCGCAACAGCAGUGACCACGUGGAGGCCAUCUUUAUGACGGUGGCACAUAAGCUGAAGUCCCAGAAGCCCCUGGUGCUUAGUCAGCCGGCCGGGGGCAACACCGUUACGCUGAGUCGGAACGAGGAGGAGGAGCAGCGAGGGAACUGGGGCUGCAGUUGCUGGAGGAGUUAAUGAGUGGGUGGGGCUAAAUCAUUCUGCAUUUAGUAGGCAACUGAACAGGGAAGAGUCACUGGGGUAAAGGGAGGAGCUAACGAGGUAGAUUUGAAAACUCUGGCAUUUUUUUGUGUGGCAAAAACAAGCUCACAGUUUCUGGUACACAUCAGUUAUGACACAAGGGAAUUUUAUGGAAACAGAUAAACAACAUCCCAGGCUUAAUACAUACUGUGCAGUAUCUGUACUGAACUGAAUUCUACAGAUGUUCUUCAUGCUGCUUGUAAAUCCUUACUGUUGUGUUCCAAAGUUACAGUUCAAGCAGAUAAAAUUCAAUAUAGUGAACGCAGAUUCGGAUCAAAUUCCCUGAUUCCAAACACCUAAUUAUGCAACUGUACCGUUUUUAACCCCUUAAACACUUAGGCCUGUUUUAGCCCGUUAUUAAUCUUAAAGCUACAGUAUGCAAGAUUUCUGUUAAAAUUAAGAGAAGCAGCAUUACUGAGCCAAAAAAACAUGCCAAAAUAUGGUGAGAGUGCACUGCUGUGAGGUGCCCUGUAAAGCCUGAAACAGUAAUUUAAAAGUCAGAGGCAUCUGGUUAGAUUUCACGAGAGGUUUUUUAGACCACAUUAAAUGCACACCACCUCAAAACAAAGAGCCGACUAGAUGUUUAGGUCUCAAAUGCAAAAUCAACAUUAGAUAACUCACGCACGUCCCCAGAAGACGUUUCCUUCACCAAGUUUCUCUCUGAAUUCUUUCACUGUGCUCCUAAUCAUUAGACUCAUCUGCUCAGUGAAUGGGUCUGAAAUAACAAAAUAGUCUUCUAUAUGUUGCCUGCAAUAACUAAUUUCCACCAGAGAGGUCUCCAAAUCCCCAAAACUUACAUAGUGCAGCUUUAAGUCUCAUUAGUUGGUAACUACUGUGCAACUAAUAUGUAUUUGUGGGCAUGAGAACUUGAAGUGUGGACCCACGUACAGACGUACAUUGUUGAUUCACCACUGGCAGUCAGAUUUAAUUCAGGUCCAUGUCCGGAAAAAUGGCCCUCAGGGUUUGAGAGGUUAAAAAUGUGCUCUGCUUUUCACCUCUUGAGGUCAUAUUCCAUCACAGAGUUAAAUAAUGUCAUCAACAGGCUACAAAAUGAAAUAAUGUGCUGAUUCAAUGGAGUGAAUGUGCUCAGAUCGUUGUAGUGAGCACUGACGUUUACUUUGACACUGAUGUCUCUUUUGCACCUUGUUCCAAAAAAGAAGAAAAGAGUCAAAUAUAUGAUGAUUGUGAUUUCACACAACACAGAUCAGUAAACGAAGGCUGUAAGGGAACAGGCUAACAGACACAGUCAGUAGUGCUUCUCUGGGGUCUCAGGGGAACUUCAGAUGGAUAUGAAGGGAAAUGAGAAAAGACACUAAUCUCUACUUAGCAGAACAAGGAAAGUAUGUAUUGCAGCUUCUCGUCAGUAGUUUUCUUUUUAAAUCGUCUUUGUCUUGGUACUGUAACUUGCACAACCACAAUCCACUGCACAGGAAGGCUGAAGUAAGCUCUCCAUUUCAUCACAAACUUUCUGGUGAGCCAUAAUUCAUGUGUGUACGAAAUGUCAUCCUUAGAAUCCGAGAGAAGCUGAGUUUCUCUCUCCUCAUGACUUUGUCAGUGUUGAGUGUUGUUUGUGAUAUUGUAUAUGGAUAUUUAGCUACCAUGCAGUACUGAGCAAGAUUCAGAGACCUCAUGGAAGUUAUUUGUUAUCCAGUCAAAACAGCCAUUAAUUACAAGUUAUUCAUUUUUCAAGAUUUAUUUCUGAGAACAUUAAACAUAAGAUAAUCCUCUUGGAUAAGGAAGCAGAAAGAAGUAUCAGUUGAAAAUUGUACUUUAAGCAAAGAAAAGAAGUUGCAGACAAAAUGAGACCCCAAGCGGCCAUGCAAGACCUGGUAGACACCAAAACUCCCCCCCACUUAAGAUAAACAGCACUUAAAGCUGUCAUAAUGGAGAGAGAGGAGAAAAUCAAGCUGCUUCAGAUCUGAAAACAUCCACAGGUGUUUCUGUCCAUCCUUUCACUGUGAGAAGAUGACUCAGCGCUAUGGGUCUGAAAGGAUGUGUAGCUGCCAAGAAGCCCUGACUGAGAAAAGAAGACAUUGGCAGAUCAAAACAAAGCUGUUGGUGUUCUCAGAACAAUGGACAGUCCAGACCUCAGCCUUGCUAUAUGUGUUUGAAAGUGGAAAGUGAAACCAACUUUUAAGGCUGAACUUUGGAAGCAAGACUCAUGAAACAGAUGGACGUUUUAAAAAGUCAAAGCACGGACACUAAAUAUUGAAAAAUGUAUAUUUAGUUGUUGAGACGUCUGUCUUAUAUAUUAUGUGCUUUUUUUCUGAUGCUGAAUAAUGAACAGCUUGUACUUCAUGGCCGUUUUGAAGGGUGGUCUCUGACAUCUUCACAGUUCUGUACAAGCCCUUGUAAUAUUUUGAUGCAGUUAGAAAUGAAGCAGUUGCCUCGAAUAUGCAGCACAGUAGUAUCUUGAAAUAUGACUCAUGUCUCAUAUAGCGCACCGUGUUUGCUCUGUGCAUGGAGUUAUUGUACUAUUAGAGCAACAGUAUAAAGUAUAAGCAUCAUUGGCUCUUUCAGCAUAUAACCUUUCAGUAGAUGACUAGACAUGCACACUGCUUUAGAGCUGCAAGAUGCCAGUGUCUUAGGAGUGUGAUGCCAUAUUAGGCGAACAAGCCCUGCACAUGCACGUCUCUCUUUUCUGCAUUGAGAAGCGUCCAGAAUUGAAUACUGCCCUUUUUUCUGAGCAUGUUUGUGGUUCCUUUUUUCCCAAGGACUCCCACAGCCACCGCAGCAGGUCCUGUGGUGCGCACUGUGGAAAAUCCUCAGGCGUGGACUCACCUAGUGUUUUCAAUUUAGGAAAAUUAUUAGUCUUAAGGAGAAGUGACAGCUGGGCAAAAAAGUCAAAUUUACAUAAUUGCCUCCCCCUAUGCCACAUGUGGUCAAUCAUCUAAAACAUGGUUGGUGCCUGAAGUUACCUUUAUCAAAUUUAUGCUGGAGCAAAAGGCUAAUGUGGUGCAUGUAUAUGUAAUGGAGGCUUAUACCUGGGGAUGCGUUUAAUGCAGUGCAGUUUGUAAAACAUUAAAUAUUUCAUCAAUUGAAUCAGUGCAGUUGUAGGAUUAUUAUUAUUUGGUAUAUGUGGCAGUACGGUUCUAUUUUUUAAACCCCAGAAAAAUGAAAUAUUUUGAUGCAUAUCGUUUGUGGUAAAAUAUCUUAAAGUAUUGUAAUAUAAUAUUUUUGCCAUAUCGCCAAACCCCUUAUGUGUUUGUGCAAAGUAGGGCUGUAAAAUAAAUCGUGUUUUGCAGUGACUUUCCUCAAUAAUCACUAAAGGCUGCGAUGACAGACCAGAUUACCUCAAAAGAGUGAUGGAAUUAGAUGUAAUUAGGAAUGUAGUGAAGAAGCCCUGCAAGGUCUGCCCUGUGCUGAGCUCAAGUCAUGCGCUACAGCAUUCAGAGCCAGUACCUGUGUAACCAUUUGACUAACCGGAGCACAUGCAUGAAUCAAAAAUCACUUUGCUAGCCUGUAUAUAUACUUUAAACAUGAUCAUUAUUCCCACUUCCAAGGUUCUGUGUAGCAGCAAUGGCUACUGUUACAACAAACAUGCAUCACCAUAAAGAGCUUUUUAGGGAAUUGGAUAUAUAUGCAUUUGUUUUUUUGUAGGCCUAUAAAGUAAAUAAAAAUGCACGUUUUCAGUUUUAUGGCCUGUAUUAAAGGUUUUUCAGGGAAAUGCAAAAAUAAAUUUGUUGUGAUGCUGUUUUUAGCAAUACAAGGUUAAAAAAAAAACACAAAGACCAAGCAUGUUUUGGCUGAUUACAUUUGGGCUGAGGGGGAAAUUGUGUACAUUUGUUUUUGCCAAGCUUUUACUGUAAAACGUGAAGCUUUCAGUUGUAAAUAACAGAACUCUGUCUCUUUGACUGCCGUUAGCAUCAUCAUUUGUUUUGCAUAGGAUAAAAAGGGUUUUAAACAGGUGUUUCCUUGGUCUUGGGUUAAAAACAGGUGAUCUGAGUGCAUUUAAUUAAAUGUAGGUCAUCGUAAGACUCUUUGAACACUUCUAGCAGUUAAGACAGUCUUAAUACUGCAGUGUUCUUGGGAGACUGGAUCAUGGUUGAGUAGCUCACUCUUUGCUUCUUGGUUUGGUUGCCAAAAUGGUUUAUUUCAAGUGUCCUUUUCAUUUAAAUCCUCAUGUUCUUACAUGCCUAAAAAUAUUGCAGGCCCAGAAAGGACAUCAUCUCCUUGGUAAUGGUUUUGUUUCUCAGGAUUUUAACAAUGGCUUUGUGUUUCUAACUGUCAGAAAUGCUUUCAUUCAUACAGAAAUGAGUUUUAUUGUAACAGAUCAAAUAUUUAAUGUUACAUUUUUAAUGACUCUGUGACCAUGCACGUCAGACUUUCCGUGCCAGUUUAUUGACAUGAGACAAAAUGAAAGAGGUAAAGUUUAUUGAAACUAUUGGGGUUUGAAAGAAAACCUGCUUCUUGUGGUUUUCAUUUCAGUCAGACCUGGAAAUAAAGCACCAUAUCCAUUUCAAUCAA